UGCAGCGACUUCAACCAAUGAGAAUGCUGCUUUUGUCGGCAUUUGACAUUUAGAUCCUUGUCCUGCCGAAGUCGGUAAUCGAGAGUGAUGGUGUUAUUGAUGCUACCGAAACUUUUCUAGUCCACUGUGCACGACUCUUUGCGCGAAGGCGAAGUUACCUCCUCCACACUUGCUACUUCGUCCAGGUCCUCAUUUCAAUCUUCUUGCCUGGAAUCUCGCAAACAACAUGCAUUUGCAAGAUACCCAAUCGGCAGGACCUGCAGAGGCGAUACAGGUGCAAGAGAAAGAGCUCAAGCAAUUCGUCGAAAAGUCUACCACAUUACCCUUCGGACAGGAUGUCUCUCUCUCUUCAAUCAGUGGUCCUACCUACCUCACUGCUCAGACUCUCGUCCAGCAGGUCGCCUACACUUUGUCCGAUAAGAUCUUUUCCUACUCUCCGGACACGUUCGAUCUCGACGUCGCACUCAAGACAUGGUCUGCCCAGAAGGAGUUGAAUGCGUACGGCUACGCUACAGGCGUCUCGGCUAUGGAGACGCGUACAGGCGCAGGGUCGAUAGCAUUGGGCUACAUGUUUUCUGAGGAUUUCGAUCUCAAGAAACGUCAUAUUCCGCAAACGCUUGUCGCAUCCUCGUCAAGUCUGCAGCAGCUUCGUCCCGCGCUGGAUGAACUGGCUCUCUUGUACUCGGUUGCCAACCCACUUGUCGCACAUGUCGCAGCGGUCGACUAUGUCGCUGAUUCAAAGUCUGGGUUUGUGUCCGACUAUGAAACCUCAUUCGCGAUCGCCGAAGACCUUGGCCUUGGCCUUAUUUCCAGUGCCUCUGUGUUCGAGGUCCAGCACAUGUCACUCUUUUCGACUUUAGUCUCUAGCAUCAUGCCGACCAUCCACACCUAUGAUGGUAUCAGUAUCGGGCGCGAGACCACACGCGUCAUUGAUGUACUCAGCCAAAAGAGCUUAUUCGACAAUUACAGUGCUAUAUUGAAAAGCGUGGACGGAUCUGAAAAGAAGCACUCGUUCAAUGAAGCUCGCGUUGUAAAGCUCUUGAAGGCCUUCAACGAUGAACUGGGCACUGACUACAGACUCUUUGAGUACUAUGGCCACCAAGAAGCUGAGACUGUUGUGGUCGUCUUUGGCACGAUCGAGGCCUCGCUUGGCGCACAGGUUGCUAGGUCUCUCUCAAAAUCAGGCGGUACUGUUGGUCUGAUCAACGUUCGCGUGUAUAGGCCAUUCGUCGAGGAAGAAUUCGUGGCUGCACUGCCGAAGACUGUCAAAAAUGUGGCUGUGCUGGGUCAGGUUGAGAACGAAACGGUUGUUGCCGAUGUAGACGCACAUUCCCGACUGUAUUCUGACGUCCUGGCGGCUACAACCUUUACGUUUGGUGGUCCUGCUCCCAUUGUGGUGGCCGAUAUAAAAUACUCUAGAGAGCAAACUUGGUCACCCAAAUUGAUGGCAGAAGUGUUUCAAGAAGCUACUGGCAACCAGGGCUUUGCUGUCGCUGCUGACUCCACACUAGACGGACUUGAUUCCGAGACCCAACAAUACUCAUUCUGGCAAUGCGAUAAUUCGGCCUCUAUGGAUGCGCCAAUUGUCAUCGGAAACCUCCUGUCCAAGGACUCUGCUAUCAAUGUCUCGAUUAGCACGCGUCACGAUAACCUCGUUCAAGGUGGUGUUACGAAGACUGAGAUUCGCACGUCACAGAAAUCUAUCGAAGCGUCUUACUCGAUAGAUCAAGCCGAUUUUGCUCUCGUUGCAGAGGGGCUUCUACUUCAGGAGUUCGACAUUCUGAAUACUCUGAAGCUCAAUGCUACACUCGUUAUAAAGCUGCCGGGUGUGAAAGACGAGGACCUCGAGAAAAAGAUACCUGCUGUCGUACGCAAAGCGAUCGUGUCCAAGAAUAUCAAUCUCUUUGUAUAUGAUCCAACUGCGUGUGAGCUUGUCGUUGAAGACGCCAAGUUGGAGACUUAUCUAACGCAACUGGUGUUCUUGCGUCUAGCCCAAAACGACACAUUGAACGCCGGUCAGCAGAAGCUUGCUGCCAUCAAUGGAAGUCAAGAAAUGCUGGAAGUUUUAGCUGCAGACCUUGACAAGGUGAUCCACCAAAUCAGCAUUCCGGAAUCAUGGGCGACUAUUGAAGAAGACGUAGAGAUUGCUUCACUCCCGACGAACAUCAAUUCCAAUAGUUUUGAAAUUUUCGAGAAAAUUGAGCCUGAGCCCGAGACUUUCCUCAAGGAUUGGGCCACUGUCGCGAAGGGUCUUGCUUUCAAGGAGGCUUACGGGACUAAAGAGGCACUACGCCCAGAUCUGGGUGUCAAGACAUACGUUUCGCACAUCAAGGAGCGCCGCCGCCUGACUCCACUCGAUUACGAUCGCAACAUCUUCCAUAUCGAGUUCGAUCUUGGCGACUCUGGUCUCAAGUACGCCAUUGGUGAAGCUUUGGGUGUACAUGCAGAGAACGAUAAGACUGAAGUUGAGGAGUUCAUCAAAUGGUACGGCCUUAAUGCCGAGGAUGUCGUUGAAGUGCCCUCGCGUGAAGAUCCGAACGUGCUUGAAAACCGUACCAUCUAUCAAGCACUUGUCCAAAACGUUGACAUCUUCGGUCGCCCACCAAAGCGCUUUUAUGAAGCUUUAGCUGAGUUUGCCUCCGACAAGGCACAGCAAGAUGAACUUCUGUCUCUUGGUGGCAGCACGAAGGAAGGUGUCCAAGAGUUCCAACGCCGUGCCGAAGUCGACACCACGACCUACGCGGACAUUCUUCUCGAAUUCGACUCGGCCCACCCGUCUUUCCACGACAUCGUCCGUAUCGUUUCGCCUAUGAAACGUCGCGAAUACUCCAUCGCCUCAUCUCAGCGCGUAACUCCUACCUCAGUGUCACUAUUGAUAGUUACCGUCGGCUGGGUCGAUCCCAAGGGCCGCGACCGCUUCGGACAAGCCACGCGAUACCUCAAUAGCCUUCCCGUCGGCGCACCCGUCACUGUAUCCGUCAAGCCUUCUGUCAUGAAGCUGCCACCCAAGACCACCGCGCCCAUCAUCAUGGCCGGUCUGGGUACGGGUCUCGCGCCGUUCCGUGCCUUUGUACAGGAGCGCGCGCUGCAGAAGCAAGAGGGCCACGAUAUCGGCGCUGUCAUGCUCUACAUGGGCUCACGACACCAGCGAGAGGAGUAUCUGUACGGCGAAGAGUGGGAGGCAUACCAAGAUGCCGGCGUCAUCACGCUGCUCGGCCGUGCCUUUUCGCGUGACCAGCCGCAGAAGAUCUACAUUCAGGAUCGCAUGCGCCAGACACUGCGCAAUAUUCGCAAGGCGUACUUGGAGGAGGAAGGCAGCUUCUAUCUGUGUGGCCCGACAUGGCCUGUGCCAGACGUGACGCAGGUCUUGCAAGAAGCAGUCGAGGAAGAACGCAGGGCAGAGGGCAUGGACGCGAAGAAGAUCAACAGCAGGCGAGAAAUCGAAACGCUGAAGGAUCAGGGACGAUAUGUGUUGGAGGUCUACUAGACACUUGAUGGAAUGCCAAAAUUACCAUGAGGAUCUUUAUAGAAUAGUAGGCGGCCAAGAAAUCUGAAUUUCCAUAGAACUUUUAGAUCGAUGAUAUACAUACAACAAUUACAUUCCCUCCCCGCGAAAGUAAAAAAUUCAUCACCACGCUGGCUUAGUCCAGAACCCCUCGUCCCUGCUCCCGUCCCGUCCCAUGGCCACCC